AAUGUCAGGUUAUCUGUCAAACGACAAAUUUGAUCACAGUUUUAUCAUGUUUUAUGUUUCUUGGUACUAUAAAAAUACCUAUAGAAAGUAAAUUUUUAAAUAUAUUUCACAAUUAUGAGUGGUAAAAAUCAACUACCCGAUCUGGGUAAAAUAUUUCGAGAAGAUGACGAUGACGGGUUUUUACCUUCGGGAGGUUCUAGAUUAGCUUCCAUAUUUGGAUCACCAACGAGUAAAGCACCAAAUAAUUCUGCCAUUCAGCAACAAACUUUGCCAGUAAAAAAAUAUGGGCAAAACAGUGCAGCACAAGAAUCGAAAACAGAAGUGAUUAUUGCAAAGGCAGUUCACGCUUUCAAAUUACAAAAUGGACAAUAUGCUACGAUAGGAAAGCUUGGUAUUGCCCUCGCAGGAAAUGCUUCUACUAGAUCGUAUCAACUAAUCCUCUACAGAAGUAAACAAGAACACAUAUCCGUUGUUUCAAUAACACCAGAUUUUUCCUACACCGUUCAAGCUAAUAAUUAUUCGACUUAUUAUGACGCACGAAAAGAGAACUGGUCUAUUCUUUUCGAAAACAUUAACGAAUGUGUAGAAUUUGCGCGAGAAGUAGGAUUAUCCAGAUACUUUUCACGCCAUGAAAAGUCAGAUCAUUCCUUAAUUUACCAAGACCUAAAUGCUCCUGAGAAAAGUGUUGCAGCAAAAGAGGGAGAUAGACUUUCCGUCAAGUGCAUUAUUAGCACAGAAAUAGUACAGCCUCUGAAAAGUAAUUCUACUGCAGAAUUGACAAUGACAGUAGAAAUAUCGAGCGAUGACAAUUGGGAGAGAAUAUUGUUAGGCUCGAAUACAAAUUUAAGACGGCUUUUAAUUCUACCGUCUAGCAAGCAGAUUAGUUUAGGACCUGGAUAUCCAAAGGAUAGAGAUAUUGCUCUUGAAAUUGAAAUAAUAGAGAUAGAGAGCUCUGAAGCUGCGGAAAUAAAAGUGCCUGAAGUUAAGCCUCCAGUUUCAUCUAGCAAGGCCGCCAUAUUAUCUAGAAUGGCAAAAAUGGGACAAUCUAUUCUUCCUAAAACGUCAAUUUCUACGACCACUGAUUCUGAAGAUACAGAGGACGAGGUAAAAAAUAAUCGAUCGGCACGACAUAAAAAGACAGAGUCAACAGAAUCUGGUUUAUCAAGAAAGCAUGUACAAUCUGCUCAGGAACCUUUCGAUACAUCUCGUAAUAAUUUGCAUAAAGUUACCAGAUCAAAACAUGUAUUGCCAUCAACACAUACAUCCACAGUGCCUAAUUCGCAAGGAUCAUUAAUUCCAGUCGUUUAUGCCCCCCAAUGGUCACCAACUCAAAUGCAGCCUCAGUAUGUGACUGUGGAUGGUCAAGCUUUUCCUAUAGCACAACAAACUAUUGCUCAACAAAUUCCUGCUGCUUUGGAUCCAAGUUUAAAUGUCUUUUUGGCAGAGACAAGAACUCAAAACACGGAAAUUCGCAUGGGAAUGUCGAAAAUCGCGGAUAAUAUUCAAAAGCUAUUGGACAAGUUUCAUGCUCUUGAGCUUCAGAACGCUUCAUCGCCAAGCAGCGAAAAAACUCUAGAAAAUACUUUAAAAAUGAUGCUUACGGUGAACGCAUCCCAAAUGGAAGCAAAAAAUUGUCCAAAUUUAUCUACAGCUAAAACAAAUUCUAACAUUUCAGAAGAGGUCAAAGAAAAUUUAAUGCAUAAUCAACUAGAGGAGACUAUAUCUGCUCAGGAAAAAGAUUUAAAAUCAUUAAGAGAAAAUAUUAAUAGCACUAAGAAGGGAUUUGCGCAACUUACGGAAGAAAAAAGAAACCUGGAAGAAGUGAACCUGGAAUUAAAAGAAAAAAUAAAAGACCUGGAAAUACUUUUCAAAAAUAAAAAGCAAGAUUUUGAUAACUUAAUUUCGGAUAAAGAGAAAACUGAAGAGACUGUAAGCGAUUUUCAAAGGAGAAAUUCUUCGCUUGAAAGGGAAAUUUCGCAACUUAAAACUGACUAUGAAGCUUUGGAAAGUGCUACAAGUACAAAACAGAAGAUGGUCAAUUCUAAAAAUGGAAAGACUAAAGAGAUCAAGUUAAUCAUGAACAAAACCUAUCAUUCUUUAUUAGAGCAGUUUACCGAAGAAAGUUAUCCGGCUAGUUUUAUUAAAGAAACUAUCGGAGCAACGUUAAGGGAUAUCACCAUCCAAGUUUUGAAAAAUGAAGACACAGAGGAGGAAUUUUCUGAAAGCAACGUCGAAACAGUUAAAAAGGUCAAACCGGAUGAUGCAUCCAAAUUGUCUGUUUCAAAUGACAACCUUGAAAAUCGAGAGGAUCAAACUAAAUCAGAAUGGCAGACCCAAAAUAGAAACCGGAGUACAUUAGUUCAGAUUGCACCAGGAUUUGAAAGCGAACCUCCACCGAUUCCACCCAUGGAUUCGAGUAAUGAAAAUGAAUGGAGUGAUAACUGAUACAUGUAAAUAUUUACUGAACCUUCCGGCUCCUUCCUGGUAAGAAGGCUUUGUAAAUUAAUGGGAAUUAAUUUAUAGUUUACAAUGACAUUGACAUCAAAUCUGGAAUCCUUUUAUUGUAUUUUUUAAAUUUAUGAUACAAAAUAACAUUUAAUUUACUCCUUUUUAACUGCUUUUUAACGACUUCAUAGCCAUGUUAAAAAUUAUGUAAACAUACCAACUAUUGACUAUUUAA